UGCAUAAUCCUGGAAUGAGCGGCAGCAUCUGUGUUGCUCCGGAGGACGCCGUAAGCAGCCGGGAGUGGGGAAUACUGCCGGUAAUCCCUCCCUGCCUUUCCUUGUGCCGACCACGGGAACAUGAAGGCUGCCUGUGUCCCCAUGCGGCUGCCGCUGCUGUGGGCCCUGUGCCUGGCGACCCUGGCUGGAGCACAACCCAAAGCGUCUCGGAGGUGUUCCGUAGAGUGCAGAGCUUUCACAAAGGAGUUAGCGGAGAAGCAGAUCAGGAGAUACCGCUUGACCGAACCCAGCUGCAAAAAACAAGCCAUCAUAUUUAUUACUCUGAAGGACAAAGAGAUUUGUGCAGAUUCAAAGGAAGGCUGGGUGCAGAAGCUCAAAGACAAACUGGAUGGGAAAAAUGCCACAGUGAUGCCACCACAUGAUGUCGCUUCAGCUGAAGAGCCUGGUAGUCUUGAGAGACAAGUUGGUCUUCCAAAAGUGGCUCCACCUCAAGCCACUGCUCCACCUAGUUUCUUCCAAGGGGCUGGAACAACCCUUAGGGAGAGAAUACAUGCUCCUGCUGCCAGCACAGAGAUGCCCAGCAAGUCCCCACUGGGCAGGCAGGACCCCACCCAGCUCCCUGCAGGAUCCACCCCUGUGGCACAGGAAGAGGCUGCGCACUCUGAGGUUGCUUCCAAAGCAAAGAGAGUGUCCUCAAAUUCUCCUGCAUCUUCAUCAGCUGUUGCAGCUGGUGUGGGCUCCAGCCAGCCCACCCUACACCCCACUGUUCAAGGCACAGCUUCUCCUAACUCAAAUUCAGACCUGAGGGAUGCUGCUAGAGGAUCAAACCAACCUGUACUUCCUACAAAUGGAUCCCUGGACCCUACAAAUGCCAGAGCCAACACACCAGACACUGCUUCCAGCAGCUCGAGGUCAGAUCUCCCCUCCAUCUGGGACAGCAUGAAGACCACAACAAUCACAGAGACAGCACCACAGACUAUUUCAGUUUCUACUUUAAGCUCCACCACUGCCACAGGCAAAGCUGCUUCUGUCCAUACCAACAGGGUUGUUGAUCCUUCUGCAGAUGUGUUUGGUACCACAGCAUUUGAUCAUUCAUUGCCUGUAGGGAAGCAAGAGCCUUCAGACACAGUUUUUACUCACCGGGCAUUCUCAGGCCAAGCCAGAGUGCAGAUGAUCACAGUCAGGCCAAAAAAUCUCCCCCUGCCCAGCUUCUUGUCAAAGUCUCAAAUGCACUUUGUCAUCCCAGUUUCUGUGGUGUGUGGACUGAUGGUUAGCAGUGUUGCUCUUGUAUGGGUGUAUCUGAAAUUUGGAGUCAAACCAGAAGAAACAUCAAGAGAAAUGGUACAGGGCUUGCUCUACCAGCAGGCAGGACAUCAAGACAAUGCCUAUCCAAUGGAAGUAAUAUGAAUGCUUCAUGGCAUGGGCAUUUCUGGCCUCAACUGUAUGUGUGUUGCUGCAGAAAAGCUCUUCAUGCUGAACUGAUGACCAGUAGGAAGAAAGCCUGGGAAUAAAAAUCACAGAGAAAACUGAUUUUUUUUUUUCGUAGAGCAGAAUGUCCAACAAUAGAUCUACUUCAUCAUUGACCAAUCAUAGUGUUUUGGAAAUGAGGGAGACACUUCUUUUCUACUGUCACUGUCAUGUACAAAGGCUGUGGCUGUUCUAUUGCUGUUGGUGGCUCUUUGCCAGGUGAUUUUCCAAGUCACUGUUGGGAAUUUUUCUGUGGUUCAUCAUGGCCCAGGCAAGAAGUCACUUACCCACCCACACUGCUGGACUUGGGCUCAGCCAGCUUGAGCAAUCUUAACACCAAACCCACACAAUUUGCACUUAAAUUCUCUGCUGCUUCUUUCUUUGCACUUCAGGUCUCUGCUCUGUCAGACCAAGACUGAAGCUGGUGGCCAGCUGGGUGCUGGCUCUCCUUGGGCUGAUAGAAUUUACCCUCAUCAUUUUCUUUUGCUGGAGACAUGAGGGAUGGCCCAGCUUUUCAGGAAUAAUUGACCAACACUGCGUCUGAUCAGGGAACUGAAGGUCAGUACUACAGAUCUUAUAUUCAGAGAAGCUGGCAACCCACAGUCUAUCUCCUCCUUGAAAUCAGGCCCCUCCUUUUAGCAGCUAUGGGUAUUUCUUCUUGCAGAUGAAUUCUAAGAGCUGAUUCUUGGCAAAUCAAUGCAAUAAACCCCUUCUGCCAGCUGAUGCACCUUGUGUCCUGCUGCAUCCAGCAGCAGAGCAGGAUAAUGCUGAGGAAUCUUUGCAAAUGGGAGAAAACAAGAAGUCCCCCAAUAAUUCUGCUAUUCCUGUGUUAUCAUUGGAACAUUAUUGCUGUUCUCUGCAAGCACAAAACCCAGGAAAUGUGGAACUAAAGGCAAUUCUGAAUGUAGUCAUGCAGGAAUUACUCUACCACAGCAGACAUAACAUCCUUUUGAUCCCAUUUUCUCUCUAGAAAUAAGCACAUUUGCUGAUCCACAAAAAAAAAAAAAAAGCACGAAAUGCCUGUUCCUGGUCCUAUACUUCAGCCACGUUUUAGUUUUUCCAUUUUGAGUAGCACUGAUCACCAGGCUAUGAAAGUAUUGUAACAGAACCAGGCUUUUUUUAACCCCAAAUUGAUUUUGAUUUUUACACAUCCUGAUAUUUCUGUACAUAAGUCUUAUGUUUUAUCUGUGGUCAAGUCCUGAAAGCCCUUAUUAAACUUUGACUCCAGGAUGAAUUCUGCUGGGGCGUGCAAAGGUCUUCAUGAUAUGAUGCUUUGUAAGUAAAUACAAAUAAAGGGUCUGAUCCAGCCUCAGUGGAUCAGACCCCUCAGUACAAAUAUGCAUGCAGAAAAUGAAAGGAAAAACAUAAUGAGCAAGAUCAUCAGAAACGAUGGGCCAGCUGUAAAGCAGAGCUCGAGGAACGUUGCCCGUAAGAUCUGUCAGUGCUCAGAAUGCACCUCCAGGGCAUCCAUCCAGCCCUGCAGGGGGAGAGGACAGACUACAACUGUUUGCUUUCUGCCAUCACACAUCCCUUCUGCAUUUCGCUGACUUGAGAGAUUCAUCUUGGCCUUUGCAAGUACAGGAUGCAAUCUGAUUAAUUGCAAUGAUUAACUUGGAGUGAAAUCCUUCCUUGAGCAGCAGCUCAGCUGUGGAACUCUGGUUGGGGUUGAUUUUCCUAGAGGGUAAAUCUGGCUCUGCCAGUGCCACCUCCCCAUGCACCCCACUUGUGCACAGCUGGAACUCGUGAGGCGGUGUACUGUGGCAUUAUUUUUAUAUGAAAAACUAGAAAUGUUAUUUUUGUAAAAAAGUUUUAUAGCUUUUUGAAUGUAUGUAAUGUCCUAUCUGAGCUGCUCGGAGCCGAGACCUUUUUGGCAGCGCUGGAAAACACUGUGCCUUGUCUAUUUUGUUGCUGGUCUUAGAUGGCUUGUGCAUGGGAGCUGGAUCACUGUCCAGGCCCUUCAGCAAACGGGGUGGACAGCUGUCUGCUGCAGGUGAAGUGCUUGUCUUGGAGCAGUGCUGGGAGAUGGAUGUGCACCAGUCAGAUCACUUGGAGUCCCACCAGGCUUUGAAGGACACUGCUUUCAGCUCCACCACCAGCUCCCACCCUCUCCCAGCUGCUGUGAUCCCACCAGAACUCAUCAGGAGGAGCUGCUUCUCCAGGCUGGCCCUGUCCCUGUGCUUUCCCUGCUCCCCUCUCCUGUGCCUCGGCUGUUUGUGGGCAGGGUGCUGGCACCCUCCCAGGGGACAGGUGAAACCAGGACAGGGGGACACUGCUGCUCCUCUCUCUGCAGUGGGCACUCUGGGAGGGAGGGAGGAUGGAGCCUGUGGGUGUCACCCAUUUCUGGGGGUUAAAAUACCACUUGCUGUAGAGCACAGUGACUGUUACAAGCUCCAGUUCAUUUGUAUAUUGUGUGCAUGAGGUAUGAGCUGUACAUUUUUAUAAAAGUAGAAGUAAUAAAGUCCUUAUGUUAAAACUUU